GGGCUCCCUCAAGCGCUGCAUUGCGGAGCUUCCGAGUCCGACUCCCCAUGCAGCUUCUCUGUCCAGCGAUACUGCUCACGAAACGUUCGGGAUUCCCGGGAAAGUUGUUCUUUGCAGGACAAACUCGAAGCCUUCUGGAACUAGGACUAUUCAGGAACACGCGCAAGUUCCAGUCCACUCUGAACGAGCCAAGACCUUCGCGGGAGCUCGUUGAAGGCCCCAGUCUCCAGAGCCAGUCAUUCCUCCUUGGCUUGCAAUCGCUACCUUGUACUUGUAUCGAUUCCUAAGAUCGAUGAGGGGGCCUCUGGCGUGGCAAACACACUUGGCGCAUAUGUCAUACUUUCCCCAAUCUCUUGGAGCGUGAUAUAAAUAGCAGUCAAAGUCGUCAAACAUUGUUUGAAGGUUUCUGAUUCAAGCUGUCUGGUUGGAAGACCAGCAGACAUCACCCAUCUAUUUUGUGGCUGGGGCGUCGCAAGGUUGGAAAGCAUUCUGUAGAGCAGAUUAGCCACCAUUAGGGAUGGCUUUUGGCCCGAGAGGCCUUUGGUGAUGUUUUUGCACCCCUUUAGGCACCACAAGACUAAUCUUGACAGCGCUCCGCUUCGACUUCUUCCAGCUGUCAAGCAGACUCUUUUGACGCGCAGAGCUUAACAGCCAAUCGAUUGCUUGGUUGAUCAUUGAUUCAGUUGUGUCCCUAUUCAUGUGCCCCCCCCAAUCAGUCAUGGGCUCAACGACAGAAAAGGGUGGGGGAAGCAAGGAUCAGCGAGGAACAGAUGGGCAGAAGGGGGGACGAAAAGCACGUAGGAGAUUGGCCCCUGUUCGAUUGAUCCUGAUUGUUGGCGCCGCAGUUCUGACGUGCGGGGCCCUAUGGAACCACGCGAUGCUGGACUUUCACACUGCAGAGGGGCUGAUCAAUCAACCGCACGGUUUGCAUCAUCGGCGCUCCCUGCUCUCAAUGGCAGCCUCCAGGGGCAGCUCUUCCGGAGGCCUUCCAAUAACUAGUAAGGAGGGCUUGUCAACUGGCGCCGUAUCUGGAGAUCCUCAGCAUGAAAGGAAAGAGGGGAGGGGUUCGAAAUACAUGCCUCUUAAAGUUGUAGAGGGUGAGCUGUCCUCUCCCGCUGUCAAUGCGGGCAACGUGUUGGGCCGCUUGCUAGAUCACAAGCUCCGGGGGCAGCGGCCUGCAGAGCGGCAGGGUGCAAAACGCGGGGAAAGUCCUGGGGGUGUUUUGGAAGACGAGUCAGCCUCCGAGGUUGAGCGUGAAAUAGGUGAUGAGCAAGCACUCCCAGCGGUAUCCGGCGCCGAUUUGGUGAGGCAGAGCGCAUCCGUAGAGCAGAAGGCGGGUGCUGAUGCCGCAGUCGAUGAUCUGGGUGGGGUGAAGGAGGAAAUCGUGCUUGGGAAGACUGGGGAAGCGUCAGCAAACGUCAGAGGUCCUGGGGCGCGCACUGGGCUUCUCUCCCGGCAGGGAGUGCUUUCAAAGCUCAGCUCCUUUCUGGCGGGUUCUCCGAGGAUUAGGCAAGCGGGGGGGUCCCAAGCUGAUGUCAGCACCGUUGCGGCGCCUGGCUUGCGAAACCAGACGGCCCAGAAAGACAUGACAGUGCAGUCGAAACCGUCCGUCGUGUUGCACAACCUGCGAAAUGCCCGUGGGGGUGCCCGGGAGACCUCCGAUUCUGAGUUGAGGCUUAUCGAGGAAGCGAGAAGGGCCCUGGGCGAGCCGGGUCCCGCCGGGGGGGCCGAAACGGGUGCGAUGUCAGGGGGGAAGAACGAGGACAUUUUGGAGUCGGCGGAUGAUCGCUGGGACCUCAUGCGGAUUGAGAACAAGCUGAAAGCAGAGCAGGAGUAUGCGGCGUACAUGGGAAACUUAGAGGACGAGAAAGCGCGGGCGGAGGCAGCCGAAGCGACGAGGCUGAAGGCUGAGGCAGACGGGGCCGGAAAGGACAAGCAGAACGGGAACGCAGACGGGCGGAACGGACUAGCGGAAGAGCGGAACGGACUAGCGGAAGAGCGGAACGAGGCAGCGGAGGAGCGGAAGGAGGACGCGGGGUUGGGCGGAAUUGGGGCGGGAGAUGGGAACGGAGAAGAAGCGGGUGCCAAAGGGGAAGCGGAGGGGGGUGAAAAGGAAGCCGUCGAGACUGAUGACAAAUCUAAAGAGGCAGAUGGGGAUAAGCCGAUGGAACUAGAUGGGGAGCAAGGUGCGGCGUUGAGCGGGGGUCAGGAGGCGGAGUCGAAAAGCGAGGGGGGGGGCGAGGAACUGGAGGUUGUCACGGACUCCGAAGCAAAGGAUCGGGACGGAAUCAAAAGCGAGGAGAUGACGACAGAAGAAGGAGUCGACGGAAAUGAUGGUGCGAGCAGUGCAGGAGAGAAAGCGGAAGACGAAGGGACUUGGGAGGCCGGUCUGGCGGCGGCCGUUGAGUUGGAGAGCCCUGUCAAAAUUCAGGGGGCAGACGGAGCGGCCACAGAUACCCCCUUUGAAAGGGACGCGAGCGAAGAGGGGGAGGGGAAAGCGGCCGAAUGAGAGAGUGAGCCCGGAAAGAGAGCAGAAGAGGUUUGAUCGACGCAAUGAGCUGCCUAACACAUGAUUGACGCACAGAUGAUUCUUUGCCCGGGGGUUUGCCCCGGGCCGCUUCGAGAGUGACGCCUGUAAAGGCCACGCUGACACCUGAAGCCUGCGUAGAGCAUGUUGCGAAUAGGAGAUGGCGAGGAGAGCAUAAGCGAUGGAGUGAAGGUGCACAGCCGCACGCGAAUCGGAGAAGUUAGAGACCAGGAUAAGGUUAGGUUUGCUUUUGAUCUUUCUAGUGUCAAAAUGUCGUUGCCACUAGCUUUGUAGCAACAGAGAGACCCUCCAUCAACGCCCUCCAUAGUCAUUUAGCAGUAGACGCGCAUCAGAGAGAUAGAUAACCAGAUGUCAUGCCCGAGAAGUUCCGUAAGGCAGCAGUUUGACAUUCACCCUUCAUUGAGUUGCACAUUGCAGGUAUACUAACCGUUAAUCACUGUUCCGCACCGCUGGCACUAUUUGCCUUGCCAGAUGAAGCUUACAUUGCGAUUGUGAUCAGACGAGGG